AUGACAUGACUUCUUUUUGUCCGAGCCACUUGAUAAAUAUAUAGUAAUAAGAACUUUAUUUCUUUUAUGCACUAAUCACAAUGAUUGAGUUCUACAAUCUAAAGCUGUGCUGGGUUUUGUCAGCUUCAUUUGGAUUUCAAAAUGACUUCAGCUUCCGGUUAUAUCUUCUUGAGUUGCAAAAAUAUAGAAAUUGUGGUAUGUAGGUCCAUAUUUCAAAUACUUCACAAUCAAGAUAUUAAUGGACUAGAUGUUUGCUGCCUGUUCUAGUACUCCCCCCACGGUUCUCUCUCCCUUAAUCAUCCUGAUUCUCUCAUUGCCUAUAAAACUCCAACUUUGACAUGAUCAUUUCUACGUGCUUCAACCAGAGUAGUUGUUCAAAGGUGCAGAAGAUCAUGAGUGGAACAAGCUUCCCCAAUGCCUCUAAUGCUAUAGCUGGGUUAAUACCUAGUGGGAACCAUCACCAAACAAAGAGGAAUGAUACAUGCUGCUACUUUCAGAUGCCACUUCACUAUCCGAGGUACAAGAAGAGUGACUACGAGAACAUACCGGAGUCGCAGCUGGAUUGCCUGCUCAAAGAGUAUGGACUGCCCGCUGUUGGAGAUGUCAACCAAAAGAGGAAGUUUGCAAUUGGAGCCUUCCUCUGGCCUUCCCAGGAUGAAUAGAAGUUCCAACAUCUUUGCCUCCAUUUUUUUUGUUUCAGUAUGAAAAUUACCAUGCCUACUUAUAUUUGUCAAUCGUAAAGUAUAUAUCAUUCUAUAACUGGUCAAAAUAUUUUGUAAUCUUGAAGUGGCUUUCAGAGUAUUCAUUACUUAUACAAUUUUGAAUUAUCAUUAAUUACCACUUUAAUGUAA